ACGUACCACGAGCUACCAAUUAUAGGAUGCAUGAAUUAUGGCUGCAGGUUCCUUUAUUCAAGGUUGCUUCUGGUCAAUGGGCUUGUAAAUUGUAUUCAUACAAUCACAUUUGGCUAUAAAUAGUGGGGGGAAUUUGCCAUCUCUACCAGCACAGAGUCUGUACAGAGAGGAGAUCUAACAAUGGAUAGGCUCUGUGUAUUUAGCAGCAUUGUUCUCUUUCUGGGGGUGCUCACAGGGACAAGAGGAGCAUCAGCUGCUUGGCUCCAAGCCCAUGCAACCUUUUAUGGUGGAAGUGAUGCUUCAGGAACUAUGGGUGGUGCAUGUGGUUAUGGCAAUCUUUAUAGCGAUGGUUAUGGAGUAAAGACUGCAGCGCUGAGCACGGCUUUGUUCAACAAUGGCAAGGCAUGUGGUGGCUGCUAUCAGAUGGUGUGUGACGCAACCAAGGUGCCCCAGUGGUGCCUCAAGGGCACAUCUAUUACCAUCACCGCUACCAACUUCUGCCCACCGAAUUACGCUCUCCCUAGUGAUAAUGGCGGGUGGUGCAAUCCUCCAAGGCCUCACUUUGACAUGUCUCAACCUGCUUUCGAGUCUAUAGCAAAAUACAGGGCUGGAAUUGUACCAAUUCUUUAUAGGCAAGUUCGAUGCAAGAGAAGUGGAGGCAUGAGGUUCACCAUAAAUGGAAGGGAUUACUUCGAGCUAGUUCUGAUAUCCAAUGUGGGAGGAGCUGGAGAGAUCUCUAAGGUGUGGAUUAAAGGGUCCAAAGCCAAUAACUGGGAAGCCAUGACCAGGAACUGGGGCUCAAACUGGCAGAGUCUGAAAUACCUGAACGGCCAGAGCUUGUCCUUUAGAGUCCAAACCAGUGACGGGAAGACCCUCACAGCCCUCAAUGUGGCACCUUCAAACUGGAAGUUUGGCCAGUCUUUCACCACAAAUGUUCAAUUCUGAAGUCCCUUGUAUACUAUCAUACUACGGUUUUGUUGUUUCUUCCUGUAUUUAGUUUGCAACUUGGGGGGUUGUGGCUGAUCCUUUCUUUGAUGAAGCCCACCUCAUCAAAAAUAAAAUUCAACUCUAAACCAGACCCAUUCAAUAAAAUCCUUUCUUUGAUUUUUUUUUUUCCUCUUAA